CUCUGUGUUUCAGCUCCGACAAAAAUGGCUGCAAUCAGUUUUGCCUCCUCCUUGCACGGCUCAGCCUCUCCGCGUGUUUUUCGUCCACAAGUUUCCCGAAAUGCCCCUGGGAUCACUCUCUAUUCACGCUUCGCACCUCCUUCCUUCUCUUUUCCCUCUCUCUCACUACGUAGCACUGAUACAGUCCGGUCUCGUCGUCGUCCCUUCUUAAUCGCCUCCGCCGUAAAGUCUCUGACGGAGACGGAGCUGCUUCCGAUUUCAGAGGCUGAUUCGAUUCCUUCCGCUUCUGGCGUAUACGCUGUAUACGAUAGCAGCGAGGAGCUUCAAUUCGUCGGAAUAUCUCGGAACAUCGCCGCGAGUGUCUCUGCACAUCUCAAAUCUGUGCCGGAGCUUUGUGGCUCCGUCAAGGUUGGUAUUGUAGAAGAACCGGACAAAGCGGUUCUAACACAAGCAUGGAAAUCAUGGAUAGAAGAACACAUAAAAGUAACCGGAAAAGUCCCUCCUGGGAAUAAGUCAGGGAACAACACAUUUGUCAAACAGACUCCCAAAAAGAAAUCAGAUAUCCGUCUCACUCCAGGCCGCCAUGUCGAGCUCACGGUUCCCUUAGAAGAACUGAUUGACCGUUUAGUGAAAGAGAGCAAAGUGGUAGCUUUCAUAAAAGGAUCGAGAAGUGCUCCUCAGUGUGGAUUCUCACAGAGAGUGGUUGGGAUCCUUGAAAGCCAAGGAGUUGAUUAUGAAACAGUUGAUGUUCUUGACGACGAGUUUAAUCCCGGGCUAAGGGAGACGAUGAAGAACUACAGCAAUUGGCCGACUUUUCCACAGAUAUUUGUUAAAGGAGAACUCGUAGGAGGUUGUGAUAUAUUAACCUCCAUGUAUGAAAAUGGUGAACUUAGCAAUAUUUUGAAAUAGUUGGUAUACUUUGUGUAACUCCCAAACAUUCAUAAUUGAGAAUCCUAAUAAACACUCUUGGAGUCGCUUCAAUUGUUCCAAA